AUGAUAUUUAUCGGGUGCACAUGUGUUUACAUCACUAUUUUAGAUUCUUCUUAUAAUAUUUUCGAACCAUAUCAUUGCAUAUCUAUCUAUCUAUCUAUCUAUCUAUCUAUCUAUCUAUAUAUCUUGUUCUUCAUGUCUCGCACCUCUCGCCUGUGGAGCUCCCUUCCCUUCUCCUGUUUCCCUCGUCAAACAUUUUUUUUUUUUUUUUUUUUUCUUUCUUUCUUUCUUUCUUUUUUAUUUCCUCUUGUUUCUUUCAUUUUGUUUUCUUUCUUUCUUCCCUUAUCUUCUUUUCCAUUCUUUUCUUUCUCCUCUUCUUCUUUCGUCUCUUCUUUUAUUCUCCUUUCUUCUCCUUUGAUGUUUCUUUCUUUCUUGAUUUCUUUCUUUCUUUCUUUCCUUCCUGUCUUUCUUUCUUUCUUUCUUUUUGAUUUCCUCUUGUUACUUUUAUUUUGUCCUCUUUCUUUCUUCCCUUAUCUCCUUUUCCAUUCUUUCUUUCUCCUCUCCUUCUUUCGUCUCUUCUUUCAUUCUCCUUUCUACCCCUUUUCUGUUCUUUCUUUCUUGAUUUCUUUCUUGAUUUCUUUCUUUCUUUCCUUCCUGUCUUUCUUUCUUUCUUUCUUUCUAUCUUUUAAAUUUCCUCUUGUUUCUUUCAUUUUGUCUUCUUUCUUUCUUCCCUUAUCUCCUUUUCCAUUCUUUCUUUCUCCUCUCCUUCUUUCGUCUCUUCUUUUAUUCUCCUUUUUUCUCCUUUGA